CCUGUCUCUUAUUGGUCUAGAAAGCUGCCAAUCAACUGGUCUCGUCUUUGUCGCUGUUGUGAAAUGAAACGAAAACUGCAUGUCUGUAGCUCACCAGACAACAGUAACCAACAGAUAAAGGAAAAGCGACACGUAUCUCGGAGUUGUAUAUCGCGCUGGAACCAAAUGAAAAGAGUGAAUUGGGAAGACGCAAGUCCAAGCCGGCAGAAGUGGAAGAGGAGGUAAUCCUUGCCUGCGAAUUGCCAUGAGUCAGUUGUUACUGUGCUGGUGGGGACAAGACAUGACACAGUCAGGGGUUCAAGAAGCUAACAGAAAGUCAAAGAACCAGGCUGUUGGUUUCAUCAGACACCUUUCCUUUAUUCAUCUUUACCGACUGCAUGUGAUUUUUUACAGGAAGAGUCUUUAUGUUGCCUGAUACAAGAUGAGAGAAUAAAAUGGCCCACUUUGACACAGAGUAUCAGCGACUGGAGGUGUCAUACAAUGACUCUCCACCUGGGGAGGAGGACAUGCUCGUCCAUGUCCCAGAAGGCAGCAAGUCACUGUGGCAUCACAUAGAAAAUUUGGACCUUUUCUUCCAAAGAGUCUACAAUUUACACCAAAAGAAUGGAUUCACGUGUAUGUUGCUAGGAGAGAUAUUUGAACUUGUGCAACUGGUGUUUGUGGUUGCAUUUACUGUGUUCUUGGCCAACUGUGUGGACUACGACAUUCUUUUUGCGAAUAAGAUGGUGAAUCAUACUCAUCACUUGCAUGAAUCAAUUAAAGUGACUCUUCCAGAUGCAUUCCUGCCAGCUAAUGUUUGCAGUGCCAGAAUUCGCAAUAAUGUUGUUGUAAUUUUCAUUAUGGUGAUAGCUGGCGUGUUCUGGCUACAUCGCUUAAUCAAGUUCAUUUACAACAUUUGUUGCUAUUGGGAGAUCCGCUCAUUCUACAUCAAUGCACUUAAGAUAUCCAUGGCAGAUCUGCCUUACUUCACUUGGCAAGAGGUUCAGGCUCGCAUCAUUGAAAUCCAGAAGGAACAUCAAAUGUGUAUUCACAAGAAGGAACUGACAGAACUGGACAUUUACCACCGAAUCCUGCGUUUCAAGAAUUACAUGGUUGCAAUGGUGAACAAGUCGCUGUUGCCCAUCCGCUAUCGGCUUCCUAUGUUAGGCGACGUUGUUUUCUAUACACGUGGACUUAAGUAUAAUUUUGAACUAAUCUUUUUCUGGGGGCCAGGCUCCCUGUUUGAGAAUGAAUGGAGUCUGAAACCUGAAUAUAAGAGGGGAGGCAAUCGUCUGGAACUAGCUGAUAAACUGAGUGCCCGUAUCCUAUGGAUUGGCAUUGCCAACUUUCUUCUCUGCCCAAUAAUCCUUAUUUGGCAAAUCCUGUAUGCUUUUUUUAGCUACACUGAAGUGAUCAAACGUGAACCAGGCAGUCUGGGAGCACGUUGUUGGUCCCUUUAUGGACGCUGCUAUCUGCGCCAUUUUAAUGAAUUAGAUCAUGAACUUAUGUCUCGCCUCAGCAAAGGAUAUAAAGCCUCCUCCAAGUACAUGAAUUGCUUUAUGUCUCCUCUGCUGACUGUUGUAGCCAAGAAUGUAGCCUUCUUUGCAGGUUCUAUCUUGGCAGUGCUUAUAUCACUGACAAUAUAUGAUGAGGAUGUUCUGGCUGUUGAACAUGUUCUAACAACGAUUACCUUGCUAGGAGUAUGUAUCACUAUCUGCAGAUCUUUUAUCCCAGACAAGCAUAUGGUAUUCUGUCCAGAACAGCUUUUAAAGGUCAUUUUGGCUCAUAUCCACUACAUGCCUGAUCACUGGCAGGGGAAUGCCCAUCGCUAUGAGACAAGAGAUGAAUUUUCACAGCUGUUCCAAUACAAAGCGGUAUUCAUCUUGGAGGAGCUCCUUAGCCCAGUUAUCACACCUUUCAUUCUCAUCUUUUGCCUGCGUCGAAAAUCCCUUGAGAUCAUCGACUUCUUCCGUAAUUUCACUGUGGAAGUUGUAGGGGUCGGUGACACCUGUUCCUUUGCACAGAUGGAUGUUCGUCAGCAUGGUCACCCUGCGUGGAUGUCAGCAGGAAAAACAGAAGCAUCCAUAUACCAGCAGGCAGAAGAUGGAAAAACAGAACUUUCCCUUAUGCAUUUUGCUAUCACCAACCCUCGCUGGCAGCCCCCUCGUGAGAGCACACAUUUUAUCAGUCAACUGAAGGAAAAAGUUCAAAGAGAAGCGGCAAAUUGCCAACAAGGCAUGGCUGAGAAGCACCUUUUUAGUUCUAUUCAGUCCAUUCAAUCAGAGUCUGAGCCACACAGUUUAAUUGCCAACCUAUUGGUAGGACCUCCUUCACUGACCUCAUUCCAGUAUGCUCAGGAAGGACAUGGUGCUCACCAUUCUUCACACAUUGGCAGUAGUGAUGUAGCUUCUGCACUUCGGUCACUUUCUCCACUCAGUACCAGCCAGCACCUCCGUGGGAGCUUCUCCUCCACAUUGGCUAAAGGAGAGGGGACACCACUGAUUGCAGCCAGAGGGUUGGCUGGAUCAACGACAGACACGAGGACAGCCAGCUCCGGCAGCAGUGCAUGGGAGGGCCAGCUUACAAGUAUGGUUUUGUCAGAAUAUGCAUCAAAUGAAAUGAGCAUUCAUGCAGUCUACAUGCAUGAGCUACACAAGCAGCAAGUGAGGACAGAGCCUGCACGGCAUGUAUGGCACCGUCAGGAUAGUGAUGACAGCAGUGAGAGUGCCCCAGAAGAUUCUGAAGCCAACCGCACCCUUCCCCGCUCAGCUACCUUUCCCUUCCCUGGUGCCUUAUCAAGGCAAGAUGGCUCCACAGCACCUAUGGUCGGUCAACGGCGCCACGGGAGCACCCCAGAUGGCGCAAGUGGCACUUCUAGGCCAGGCUCCAGAAUGUCACGUUUGCCAAUGGGCGGUUGGGCAGAAGAUGUUCAGGCAGGCAGGCACCAUGAUACAGUGCCUGAAGAAGGCUCUGAUGAUGAGCAACCUCCACAAAUUCAUAAGAUUACGUAAUGAACAUAUUCUAGUGCUGUUCCUGGGGUCCUGCCUUCUGUAGAGUUACAUGACUGUUUAAUAUAACAGACACAACAAAAGAAUUUACUUCAUCCUUUGUUUUACCCUACGUCAAGGCACUGCUGAACACUAAACUAUUUCCAGAGUUUAUUGGUUAAAGAAAACUGGUGAAGGCAUUAAGUACAGAAUAUGUCAUAUAUAUAUUACAUUUCUAAAAUGGGUGAUUCAAAUUUAUCUUGUGCAAGGAGGAUUUCUGCCUGUGUAGGUUUCAUUGAUGUUCAUUUUGCUUGUGAACCAAAUGCAAACAGUUGUUUAAACACAUUGACCACUUUUUCUUUUUACUGGUAAUCUUUACUAAACUAAAAACUUGGCUGAGUUUGACAGUGCAGAAGUGGGGUUACUGUCAAGUUACUAGAGAAACUGAAAUUGUCAUGUAUGCUUUUAAAUGCAUUUUAGCACUGACUGUUGUAGGUCAUACAAUAUAAACUGCAGUUGAGUGAACUGGUAACGUUGGCAGAUCUUGUUUUGCUUUGACAAAUCACUAAUAGUUUGUGAGUGUUGGUUUGCAAUCCUUUACCAAUUUGGAUCGUGGAGAUUCAGCACUUUGCAUUGGAGAAAAAAGGUGGCUAUAAUUCACAAGUUAUUGAUUGAUCGAGGAUCAUAUUACUUUAAUAUCACUACAGCUAAAAUCGAAUAUUUAUGUCCUCAAUAUUAUGAAGAAGUUCUUGUUGAUGAAAGUUGGAGAAUGAAAACUAAAGUACUUAUGAGAAUGAUUAAAGAAAAUGCAUAUUUAGAUUUUUCAAAUAUUUAAAAUUUGUAUAAAAGGAAAAAAAUGUGUGUAAAGGAGAAUUGAGUCGGAUUACAGAACUACACAUAUGAAUACUGACAGGAGAAUGUUCUACAACCAAUCAGUGACAAUAUAAACUUUUGUUCACCUUCCAGAAUUAGAAAAAAAAAAGAAUUAUGGAUAUACUUGUUUUUACAUUGAGCAGGUAGGGAAAUUGUUCCAGGCGAUGAAUUUGCAUAUAUGAAUUGAGGAUUAAAGAUAAUGAAUUAAUGCAUUUUAAGCAGGUGUGUAUUGUGGCCCACAUGAUGAGCCUUAAGCAUUUUUCAGUUUGUUUUUACCUUAACUUUUCAUAAUUGGACACUACAGUCAGAGUGGGUGCUAGUAAUGAUGAGAGAUGAUACUUAAUGGUGUACAUUUAAAUAGGCAUGUUUUUGAGGAGACAAAGCAGUUUCAACUAUGUAAGAAUCAUAAAGCACAAUUUUUGAACCCAGACUAGAUAAACAAGUAUACAGUAAGUUUGUCUUUUAACAUUGUUGCCAUUACUGAUUUUUUGACUGUGUACUGUUAAAUAUUUGGGCUUUAAAGGUUGCUGAAUAGGCUACUUUUAUAAAAUUAUUAUCAAACUGUUUUCAGAUUUAUUUUAAGUCCAUUCAGCUAUUUUUAUACUCUGGACAUGCUAAGCUAACUGCUUUUUUCUUUUGUUUUACCUGUAUCUGUGACUAGUCUUAAACUCUUACGCUGUUCUGGCCUGUUAUUAUCUUGUGUAAUUCUUAAACAGAUUGCAACUGUAUUUUAAUCAGAAGAUGUAAAUAUUUGGUACACUGUAUCUGCUGGUAUAAAUAUUGUACCCCUUAGGGUAUUGGGAGGCCUUCUCACUAACAAUGUUAGAACUAACCGUUACAUUCACAAGCAUUACUAUGCACAGCUCACAUGUGCACAUUGGAAGCAUUGUGCUGGUGGCAGGGUAGAGAUUGGCAGUUAUUGGACACUUAUUUUUAUUGAAUUUAAUUAAGAAUCACCCAAACUAGUCCUCUGUUUCAUUUAGGCAAAUCCAAAGAGUUGUAAACCUAAAUAAAUGAACUAAGGAAAAAAUGCACAACUAAAUACAAAGUUUAAUGAGGAUUGUAGACAGCAUGAGGGAACUCCGGCCUCUUGUGGAUCGGCUCAGCAGAGCUAUGAGGCUUGUUUCUGUUGCACAGCAUUUUGGUUUUGUCUGUGUUUGAUUAGUACACAUUAAAAAUAAAUAUGUAGUUCUUUUUUUAUGAUGCAUAAUACUUUUUUCUUUGUGAAACAAGAAGUUGUGGAAAUUGUUGCUGUUUUAAAAGUAGGAGAAGGUUGUAGUGGGUCAAAUUUCAGAAUUUAGAGUAAUCACAACAGCAAAAGCUUUCCUGCUCAGAAAUCGGUGUCAUAUGAGAUGAUUGAGAUGAGUGCACACAAGUUAAUAUGAAGAUGCAGUUGGGUGCUGUAAAAUCUUAGUUACACAGUUAGGGAUGUGACUGCACAAGGCACAUGGAAUGAGAGAUGUAGCCUACAACAGCCUGUCAUCAUUCUCAAUGACUUCAUAUGUCAAUAUGUUUGUACUGUAAUAGCUCAAGAGUACUAUGGGUUAAGUCCCUUUCUACCCCCCAGUGGUGCCCAUUUUCCAGCAUGGAUAAGAAGAAAUCUGACUUUUGCUUGAUAUACCUAAAACUGUGAAGCUGGGAACUUCUAAAGUAAUUGUAAAAUUUGAAAUAGUUGCAGGAUAAUUAAAUAAACCUGCUUUCACCAAAAACGGUACCAGAGCGAAAAAUGCUAAAGCCUAUUUAGUCAGCACCUAUAGCAACACUUCCUUGAUAAUGGUUGGAGGACAGUCAUUUAGAUUACUUUUAGUUUCAUUGUUGCACGGGAUGAGGGUGUUUGCUUUUUUGCCAUUACAGCUGAAGGGACAGAAAAACAAAUAGCCGAUGUAGCAAAAAUCACACAACAAUGAUCACAACAGGCAAUGUAAGUUUUUAAACUACAGAUAUGUAGGACUGAGAAGGACAAUGAGUAUGGUAUGUAUUAUUACACAGUAUUAAUUCAUAAAAGCUGAAAAUGUAAACACUGCGACCAGUACUGUCCAUUCAUAAUAAUAGACUCAUACCCAGUAUUAUUCCCAGUGGAAACUGAAUGGAAGUAAUUGUAAACUUUUUUUAUUUACUGUUCUGCCCAUUUAUUUUACCAUUUAAUGGGAAGAGCUAUAAGGGAACAGGGUCCAGUGAGCCCUCCAAAAACCCUUUUUACACCAAAGCUACUAGCAAGAUGGCACAGCCCUUUAACACUUCCUGCUACCACUCUUCCUCUAAUCAAAUGGUGAGGUUACAAGUUUGACAAAAGCACAGAAGGAAAACUCACUUUCUAAAAUUUGCUUUGAAGGCUGGACAUGCCCUUGUGCAACUUGCUACUCUCUUCCAUGCAUUUGUUUAAGUAGUCAACAGUAGCAGUGCUUUUGUAAUGCAUACAACUAUAACUUUUGAAAUGUUAAAUCAAUAGUGCAUUUCUAUAAAAGAUGUUAUCAGGAAAGAACUGAUGGAAUAUAUUGCAUUCUGAUACCAAGAUUUAUAUCUAAAAUUAGUCUGAUUGUUUUCAAACAGAAAAAGACCCCAUCCUACAUCAUGCUAGAUGACUAAUACUUGACAUAUUUUCAUCAUGUUUCAAACAUCUCACCGAAUGAAGGUCUGAUCUUUACCAUUGUAUCAAGACAUUUUGGAAUCGUUUAAUCUCUUAAAGAGUGAGCCAGUGAAAAUCUGAGUGACUUCUCAGAUGAAAAGGUUAUUUCUUACUUUAUAUACAAAUCAUUUAUCUGAUGGUGGUUUGAAGAAAAUCCAGUUUAUUCUGGUGAAAAUAUUAAGCUAUCUUAAUGGCCUUAAUUUUCAUUUUGCCAUAUGUCACACACAUUAAUGACAUGGAUUGGAUUUUCAUAUAAGAACCUGCUGUUUUUGCUACAUUAAAAAAUGUACAGCUCUCUAGUGUCUUAUUUUUAGUGUCUACAAUAUCUAAACGUGUUUUCUUUUAACACUCUGUUAAGUUUUAAGUGCUGUUUCCAGCCAUUGGUCUACACCUGCUGCCAGUCUCAUUUUGUAUUGUUUUCAUUUUCUUCACUGUUGGUAUACUCUAUAAAAAUGAACUAAAUAGUUAACUACUCUGUAAUUUUCCUUAACUUGCUACUUCAGCCCUCCAGCCACCUUUGCUGGAGUCAAAGGGAAGGUGUUUGAGUACCACUGGGAUAUCUGUAUCUGCAAAGGGAAUAAUGCCUCGUUUGUCAGUUCCUUCUUUACUGGUAUAGAUCACUGCCACCUUAACAGGAUUUUCAAGUAACUGAUUCAGAUAAGCGCAUGCCUGUCUGCAUUUAUCAUGAAUGUCAAAUGUAAGUCAUCAAGGAGUAGAAAUGGAACUGCAGUACUCAGAUUUUUGUUUUCAUCAUUUAAUGAAUUGUGUGCAAAACUCCUGUAUUUUUUGUAGAGUUAAGAGCUUUGUAUUGUACAAUUUGUACAUAUACAGUACAUAUCCAUUAAUAAAUUAUUUAAUUCCA